AUGAAACCGGCUAUCGAAUCGGCCAAGGAAAGCCACGUAACGUUAUUACUUAGGUUAUACUACUAUGGUUUCUACCAAAGGCUUUUCUCCUUCCACAAAGCUACAAUUUCUCGGGUGCAAAAGGGGAGGCCUCGGCUUCUUUUAAUAGAUAAUCAUAGAUCCUAUACAACUAUCGAAUUCACCCAAUUUUGUACCGCCAAAAAUAUUAUCCCAGCAUAUUUCUUACCCUAUACAACACAUAUAUGUCAACCGCUCGAUAGUGAAGCUUUCCAAUACUUAAAGCAUUACUUUCGUACGAUAAAUAACGAGCGGGUUAAUAAGCUUAAUCUUAAGCUUCUUAAUAACGUUAAGAAGCUAGAGAACCUAUCUCAGGAUUUCAAAAGGCAUAUUCGACGAAGUAUACAAGCAAAUACCUUUUUGUCCCAACAGCUUGAUCUAGUGAAGGAGAGUCUUAAGACCUCUCAAUUCCACAAAUCAGCUGCAAAUCAGCCAAAAAAAUGGGAAAUCGCUUUUUAG